AUGUUUGCUACAGGGCUUCAACGUGAACCAUUCGAGCCAGCACUACCGUCAAGGUUCAAGACACCACCUCAACAAAAACAAACGGACAAUGCCGACCUACCAUACACAUUCAAAGACGAAACGUUUUGGAAGAAUUUACUGUUGGGAUCUCCAACCAAUGUCGAGGCAAACAUGAACUUGGCGAGGUUGUAUGCUGAAGGAGGCAAGCUCAAAGAAGCUGUUGAGAUAUAUGAGCAAUUGUUGGCUGCUGGAAAUCAGUCAAAAAACCUUGUUCUGGAUGCCUCUGCCACGUGUGUGAGGAUUGCCGAGAAAUCUGAAGAUGUAGGAUCUGUUGGAGAGUAUGUUGGGAAAGCUAUACAGUUGCUACAAAGGUUACGAUUGUGGAAUCAAGGCCAAUAUACAAAUGGAGCAUUGGACAUCCUGACGGAUGCUUACAGUGCCGUCGUAUUAACAGAGAGCGUUCUGAACCCAGCACUUGUAGCUGAAAUCAUGACAACAGCUUCAAUGCAAGAGACCUUGUGCAGAUCAGAACUUCAUAUUCUCUUAUUACGUACCAUACUACAAACACGAGACUACAAGAGGUUUGAAGAUUACGCUCUUCAUGUAGGGCAAUUCGUCAGACUCAUAAAUUCCGGUUUUAGCGCGUGGACAUACAUCCAUUCAAGAAAAGAAUGCUUUUCAUAUGAUUUGAGAUGGUUGGCCUUUGUACGAGAUUCGUAUGAUGAUGUUCGAAAAGGUCUGGAUGAAGAAGGCGAUGAGGAGCAGCUCGUCUUCUUGGAAGAACAUCUGUAUGUCGCCGCUAGAGCUACAUGGUUGUCAAUUCAUUGCCAUGAGCUAGACGAAUUCUCAUAUGAUAUUCAAGAAGAGACUGCUGCAUUACGAGCACUGGUGGAAGAAUCUGAUUCAGAUCUUCCAACAUCCAAAGAUUCUCAGUAUGCUAAAAAGAGAUGGGUCAAGCUCAGGCUGGAGUACGCAUCACAAUCACAACGUUUCGAUAUCGAGAACUCAAUCCGAAUCAUGCAAGAGGCCCGAACACAACUGAGCGAUACAUCAUCACAUCGGGUCAUGCUACAAAGGAUAUACGUGGAUUCACUUGCCUGUUUACUAUACGUGCCAACCCCACAACUACCUAGAGCAACUCAUGAUCGAAUCAGCGCAUUGCUACACAUUGUGUUGCCCAUGAUGGCGUCUAUGACCACUGCUUGGCUGGACACGCAUAAGCCAGAUGCGGUUAUGUUUGAAACGUCACCCCAUUCUGUUUUGGAUGCUCCUGAAUUCAAGCUUCCAUCUUUACGUUUGGUGCUUGAGAAGAAGCCUGAUAUAGUGAAUGCUCUGAAGGCAGACUUGUUCAUGACUGCUGACGAGUCUGUGACUCUGAAUAUUGCUAGUUGGCAACUUCAUGAUGGCAGUGUACGAAAGUGGCUUCGAGAAAUGUUUCCUCGACUGGCUGAAAAUCCACAGUAUUCUACUGUGGCAAGAGCAUCAAGGCUACCGCGACCAACAAUUGCAGACAUUGAAGCAUACUUGCUGUUUUGCUUGGUGUCUCGAUACAUGCAUUGUACGCGCUAUAGUGGUGCCAAAUCAAUGGGAGAAGCACUCUUGUCUGGUGAAAUAUUGAGACUAUGGCAACCUAGUGCUAGUCAAAAGUCAUUCUGGAGGACGCUCAUCGUCAAAUUUGGCAAGAGAUAUCCACAACAACCAUACUUUAAUAACUCCACUUUGUUGAGUGAUACGGACUAUUACCAAUGUGUUCACGAAUUGCGUGGAUCAGUGCGAGCACCAUAUCUAGAUCGUGGAUCAUCUACAGCUGCUGGUACUCGACAAGCACUCGAUGAUCAAGCCCGAAAGACUGUUUAUGGCAUCAUGGGCUUGGCUUAUGCGGAUAUGACUGCCUCAACUGUUGUUGGAGAUUCGUCAGCGGUUGAUCGAACAACCGAAGCUGCACAAUACUUGAAAGUGUAUCAGGAUUGGGAUGGUAUAAAAGGCAUGGAAGCAUACCAUAACGUUGAUUCUAUGCUGUUUCCAAAUUAUGAUGAAUCUGAAAAGUUUGUUGAAGUGGUAGGCUUGGACAAGGUUCCAAAUACUCUGUCAAAGAUGCAAAGUAUGCUACAGGCACGACGAGAAGCUAUAGAGCCUAGGAAAACUGCACCUACACCUACCAAAGCACCAGUUCAGCAAAAGACUCUGGCCGCCGAACCACGGGGCUCUGUCGGCAAACCUCGAGCUGAGAAGCAAGUAAUUCCAGUCCAAAAGGAAGAGUCAAAAAACAGCCGUCCUGUUGACGUUGAUGUCCCACCACCUACUACAUCGUUGUUGGAAGAAAUGCAAUAUCGUGAUGGGGAUGUUCACUUGUUUGAAGCAGAAGCAAAAUCGGUUUCGAGAUUUUCAAGACAGCUUCGUCAGCUUGAAGCUCUGAAAAAGGGUUCGCUGUCUUCUAGUAUGGAAGGAACACCACGAUCAUCCACACCUGUGAUGAAUGUAGUAGAGCUUCCAUCGUUUGAUAAUGCCGAAUCUAUUGAUCCCGAUACCACUUCCGCAACGAUGCCCACAAAUAAUCCGCCAUCCCCUACAACAGACGCCAUACCAGCACUCCUGUCUACGCCGUUCAAACCUGACUAUGAAUCCACACAGCAAGACAUACGAUUUACACCACUUCGAGACCCUCUUGAAUUGAGAUCUGCUUUUCCAAGAGGCGAUUUGAGUGAAUUACGACGACGUGGGAAUGUUCGAAAUAAUCCGUUUGUAACUGGUGGUAUGGCUGGGGUUGAUUCGUAUCGGGACGAAGAGGAUGACGAUGAAAUGGUUGACGAAAAUGAAUCGUUUGGUGAAUCGCAAGGUUUUGUCAAUGAUACAUUUGGUGACACGUUUGGUGAGGAUGCUGAAGGAGAAUAUGAUGAUGAUCUAGUUGCAAUUCAAAAAGAAGCUGAACAAGAGGCGACAUCGAGGCUUGCACGACAAUUUGCCAAACUGGAAGCAUUAAGAAAAUAA